CGCUUUUUGCCAAAUAUGUGGUGGCUGGUUCUCGAUGCAUCCGUGAGUUGUUGACUAUGUGAUAUGUGAUCCGCCGUAUCUCCCCAGUCUUACUGCUACUACUGUCAACCAUGCACCCAGUUAAUGAAGUUUUCAUAUGCCUCUCGAGUUCAGCACGAUGGUCACGCACCGAUCGUGCACCAUAGCCUGUGUUCUGCGAGAUGGUGCGUCAAUAAUGAUACUCGAGAGACAGAUUUCGCUUGUCUAUUUCCCUGUUCGCCAACUUUGUAGCAAUGUCGACCUCCUUACCUUUCAACGUCACCGCCGAACUCGCCGCGCUCAAGCACGAGAAGAAGAACCAUGAUCUCCAGAGACUCCCUCCCAAUGCAAUGAUCAAACGACGCCCCCUAGACCAUCCUUCAGUGCCCGACAUACACGUCGGCGCCAACAUCCCGAAAGUGGUCUAUGUCUCGCGAAAGACGCCCGUCAUCUCCGCAGUGAAACGCGUCAAGAAAAUGCUACGACUCGUCGAAAAGCGGGCAUUGCAACAGGCCGGAGUCUCGCUUAAAACGAAACAGAGGACGGCGAAGAUCGCACAAGCAAACGAAAAUAUAGCCAAGGCCAGGGAAGAGAUCCUGGUCAAGGCGAGCGGGAGGGCAAUGGAGCAGGCACUACGAGUGGGCGAAUGGUUUCGGAACAAAGAGAAGGAAAUGCUCUGCAAUGUCGAGGUCAGAGCUGGUAGUGUCAGUGUCGUGGACGAUAUUGUGGAACUCGAGAACGACGCUGCGGAAGAAGAAGAAAAGCAAGAAGCCACCGAGGAUGUUGACAUCCAAGACGAAUCCAAAAUCGAACAUGGCGAUACGACACUGGAAUUGUUUGCCGAUCAUGUCAACACAAGCACUGGUGAGCAACCGUCAAGUGGCCAUGGUCAGAGUAAUGCCAGGAAUUCGGGAACUGCUUCGGACUUACAAAUGGAAGAGGGAAAUACACCAGUGAAGAAAACCAGGAGGAGGAACAAGAGAAAAAGACCAAUGUACAAAGAAGAUGAACUGCCAGAGGCACGUCUGAGAUGGGUCAAGACCGUUGAAGUUGCAAUCUCGUUGCAGGGUUAGACAUGGGAUCAUGCUAUCUGUUCGGGUGGCUCGGACUGUCAGGACUGCUUGAAGGGGUGCGUUGCCGUAAACUACCAACACCAAGUCGCAAUUGACAGUAGAGAGCUGUCACGAUGUCUCUCAUAAUUCUGGUGUGGCAAGUAACAGCAAGGAAAACAGACCUUCACAUCUUCGCCCCCUUCCAAUGCUGGAGUUUCCCGUGAUCUGCGGCGAGUUGUUUGAAAUUGCUCGAGGUGCUGCCGCUCCCACGCCCCAAGUCUGCAGCUGGGUAAUACUAGAGCGCUGUAUAACUUUCCGUCCAUUUGAUCAACAAGAGAGACAUUGUCCUGCGGCGAGUAUGGUGACUGAUGGACGGAGCUCCUUUCAUCAUGGCAUCAUUUUUUGGCCCUUGACGACGACUUUGCUAUGCAGUAGUGGCAGCUAAGUUCCAUCCGCAUCAUAAGUAUUCUGUCGAAGUUGCUUAAUAUGAGAGGCCCAUCAGGCCUCUACCGGUGCCG